CCCUCCCUUUUUCCUUCCGCCAAUUUUCCCUCUUCACCUCCCAACCUCCUUGUUAUCAUCAGUACCAAUCUUGAGACUAAUAAUAACAUUCGUCGGCCCGCGGGCCUUUUGCAGUAUCUUCGUUCAGCUGUUCUGCCCAUCUCAUCCACAGCCGGCGUAGUGUAAUUAUGGCGCUCGGCGCUGAGUGGGCCUAUUCAUUUUACCGGUUUCCCAGUCAUAAUCCAUCAAUUCUGUUUGUUUGUUUGCUUCCUUGCCCGCCGCCGGCCGCUAUACAUUAUUACCGUAUUCAGUACAGUGCGAACAAGUCGUGGUCGGGAAGACGUUGAUUCCCUGGAUCGGGAGGCUAGCAUUGAUUACCUUUCCGUCG